UCUAAAAAUUUUUGCCAUACUAAAAUGCUGGCCAAUUUCGGGACCCGGAUCCGCUUACCCAGUUUCCUCAUCAGUCCCCUCCACUCUCACGGACUAAGCUUUUUUCAAACCCUAAAAAUGGCUGCAGCAGAAGCGAAAGCCAAGCGACCCAUUUGCCCAUUUUGCUCUAAACCGACCCGCAUCUGCCUGUGCAACAGGAUUCAGAAUCCGGGUCUUGAAAAUUCAGUAGGCGUGACCAUCCUUCAACACAGUUUAGAGAGAAAACAUCCUCUUAAUUCUACGAGGAUUGCAAAACUAGGACUCAAGAAUGUCACUGUAGCCACUGUUUCUGACGUUAAUUUUGACGCGCGUUUUGAAAUAAGGUUGCUUGAACCAGGUUCGGGCCAGCUUGUGUUGGAAAGUGAAGGUUUUGAUCAAGAGUUAGAAAGAGGAAAUGAUGUCAGUUUAGCUUUUAAGAAAUUUAAAAAGUGUCUAGAAGAGAAAAAUAGAAGCUUGAUUGCUGAAGAGCAUUUGAAAUGUAGUGAAAUAGUUUUGGAGCAAGAGGAUGAGCCUAGUUCUAAUGAAGACAAUGGUGAAAAUGGCACAAUUUCCUUGGAGACUUCAAACAUCUGUGAUGAAAAUAAUGGGUUGUUACCAGUUUCGAAAUGUAAUGAAGAGCCUGUUGUCACUCUGACUAUUGGCAAAUAUGGGGUCAUUAAUGAUAUUGCCCAUAAGUGGGUGCCUUCUACUGGUUAUCAGAAGCCAAAUUUUGACCAGAUUUUGGACUCUCAGUUGGCUUUAGACGCUUUGGCAAAAGGGUUUAUUGUGAAGAAGAUGCAAAAGCGAGAAUUGAGUGGAGGCAUGGGACUGGAAGAGAAUCAAGAGUUUGAACUCGAGGUUUUGCCAGGGUCAAUACUUCUGUUCCCAAGUGAAAGAGCUUGCAGUGCUGAAGACCUUGAAGUAAUGCAUCUUGAAGUGAAGAAUUUGAUUGUUUUGGAUGGAACUUGGGCCAAGGCAAAGAGAAUUUACAAUGAGAAUCCUUGGUUGAAGCUUUUGCCGCAUCUGAAGUUGGAUUUAGACAAGUUGAGCUUAUACAGCGAGGUGAGGCAUCAGCCCAGGGCUGGAUAUCUGUCAACCAUCGAGAGCAUUGUGUAUGCAUUGCAGGCAUUAGGGGAGAAUGCUGACCAGCUGAACAAUCUCUUGGACGUUUUCGAGUCCAUGGUUGGAGAUCAAAGGCGAUGUAAAGUUGAGAGGUUGAGCAAAGUCUCUCCAAUAUGAAUCACAUAAAACUUCCUUAAUCCAUGACACAGUUCAGUUCCUAUAUCGCAGUCUCUGGAUACAAAACUGAACUAAAUCUAUUAACAGCAUAGCCAAAAAUGCCUGGAUUCGUAAAAUCGGAGCAGCAGGUUGAUUCAUGCUUGUUAGAAUUUGGUAGUAACAAGAUGACGCUAUGAAUGUCAAACAUCAGAGUUCUUAUUUUUAUAGCUUACUGAUAUUUGACAGAAUAUACUUUCUACUUCACUACUGUAACUCCAUGUUUCUCUUCAUUUUAUGACUGCAACUUAAACUUUGAUUAUGAAUCAUGGCUCCUACAAUUCUGCAGAGUUGAAAUUUA